CUGUCUUUUCCCUCCAGAAUGUAUGACAACAUGUCCACAAUGGUGUACGUGAAGGAGGACAGACUGGAGAAGCUCACGCAGGAUGAGAUUAUCUCCAAGACCAAGCAGGUGAUUCAGGGGCUGGAGGCUCUGAAGAACGAGCACAACUCCAUUCUUCAGAGUUUACUCGAGACACUGAAGUGUCUGAAGAAAGAUGAUGAGAGUAACCUGGUGGAGGAGAAGUCCAACAUGAUCCGAAAGUCCCUGGAGAUGCUGGAGCUGGGCCUGAGCGAGGCGCAGGUCAUGAUGGCCCUGUCCAACCACCUGAACGCCGUGGAGUCGGAGAAGCAGAAGCUGCGUGCGCAGGUGCGCCGCCUGUGCCAGGAGAACCAGUGGCUGCGGGACGAGCUGGCCAACACGCAGCAGAAGCUGCAGAAGAGCGAGCAGUCUGUGGCCCAGCUGGAGGAGGAGAAGAAGCAUCUGGAGUUCAUGAACCAGCUGAAGAAAUACGACGACGACAUCUCUCCGUCCGAGGACAAAGACACCGAUUCCACCAAAGAACCUCUGGACGACCUUUUCCCGAACGACGACGAUGACCCCGGUCAAGGAAUCCAGCAGCAGCACAGCAGCGCCGCGGCGGCCGCGCAGCAGGGCGGCUAUGAGAUCCCAGCGCGCCUGCGCACCCUGCACAACCUGGUCAUCCAGUACGCCUCGCAGGGGCGCUACGAGGUGGCCGUGCCCCUGUGCAAGCAGGCCCUGGAGGACCUGGAGAAGACCUCCGGCCACGACCACCCGGACGUGGCCACCAUGCUCAACAUCCUGGCCCUGGUGUACAGAGACCAGAAUAAGUACAAGGACGCUGCUAACCUGCUGAACGACGCCUUGGCCAUCCGCGAGAAAACGCUGGGCAAAGACCACCCCGCGGUGGCAGCAACUCUGAACAACCUCGCGGUGCUUUACGGCAAGAGAGGGAAGUACAAGGAGGCGGAGCCGCUGUGUAAAAGAGCCCUGGAGAUCCGAGAAAAGGUUUUGGGGAAGGACCACCCGGACGUGGCCAAGCAGUUGAAUAACUUGGCCCUGCUGUGCCAGAACCAGGGCAAGUACGAGGAGGUGGAGUAUUACUACCAGAGGGCCCUCGAGAUCUACCAGACCAAGCUGGGGCCCGACGACCCCAACGUGGCCAAGACCAAGAACAACCUGGCCUCCUGCUACCUGAAGCAAGGGAAGUUCAAGCAAGCAGAGACCCUGUACAAAGAGAUCCUCACACGUGCGCAUGAGCGGGAGUUUGGCUCUGUGGACGACGAAAACAAGCCCAUCUGGAUGCACGCGGAGGAGAGAGAGGAGUGCAAAGGGAAGCAGAAGGACGGGCCCGCGUUUGGGGAGUAUGGCGGCUGGUACAAGGCCUGCAAGGUGGACAGCCCGACCGUCACCACGACGUUAAAGAACCUCGGGGCGCUCUACAGGCGCCAGGGCAAGUUCGAAGCUGCAGAGACCCUGGAGGAAGCCGCCAUGCGGUCACGCAAGCAGGGUCUUGACAAUGUUCACAAACAGAGAGUGGCCGAGGUGCUGGGCGACCCCGAGGGCUCGGAGAAGCGCCGGAGCCGGGAGAGCCUGACCGUGGACACGGUCAAGUACGAGAGCGGCCCUGACGGAGGGGAGGAAGUGAGUAUGGGCGUAGAGUGGAGCGGGGACGGCACUGGAUCGCUGAGGCGCAGCGGCUCCUUUAGCAAGCUGCGGGCCUCCAUUAGACGCAGCAGCGAGAAGCUGGUUAGGAAGCUGAAGGGAGGAAGUGCCCGGGAGAGUGAGCCGAGGAACCCCGGCGACACGGGAGGUGACGUGUGGUGCUGUAAGACAACUGUUUUUGCUGAAGAGACACAGAGAAACUACUUUUUCUCAGCAGUAAAUACAGUGAGACCUGGGACGUUUGUGCAUGAAGCGAGCCCGCUCUCUGAAUGUCCUAAACGUGGGUGACAAGGCAGCUGAAGACCAUUUCCAAGAACGAAAUAAUUGUCUCGCAGAUGCGAGAGCUCUGAGUGCCAGCCACACUGACCUGGUGCACUGCGGGGCCGGGCCGGGGCCGAGCUAGAUAAGCCGAGCCCGCCCGCCAGGCCCUGCCCACGCUGCCCGGCAGGGAGGCCGCUCGCUCCCUUCGCGAGGUGGUGACCCGCCACCCACGGAGGCUUGUCCGAACUGUUCCGUGGUCUGCAGUCCUGGUGACCGAGCGCUGCCGGAGCACGACCGUGAGACCGGCCUGGCGGGCCAGGCUGCAGUGCGGCCAGCAGCGGCGUCCCCGCGGACUCGCUGCUUCUCACGGACACGCACUUUGCACGGCCCGAGCUGGUUUAAAUUCAGACUUGUUGAUGCGGUACUUGGUGGGCUGUAAACGGAGCGUCUGGAACCUUCAAGUCCAUCUUUGGAGAAUAAGCAUCUAAUGACCCGUAACGCCUGGAGCGUAGUGGGGGCCAGCGGGGAGGGUCCCUCAGGUGCCAGGUCCCAGCUCCCGGGCAGGGGCCGCGUACUCGGCUCCCGCCCUGCCCACCCUUCGGAGCCCUGGCCGCACUCCAGGCUCCCAUGUCUUCUGUUUAAAAAGCUCUUCUUUUUGGUCCCGUAAUGGUGGGUUUUGACAGGAACAUUUUCAGAUCAACCCUCAGGCACUGUUCCUCACAGGACUCUGAGCUCAGCCAGUAGGUGAAGCAAGUGCUCACCAGGUGACCCGUAGGGGUUCCAGGUGAGAACGCCUGGGCGCACGCAGGAGCACGUCCACGCCGGGGCCAGCGCUCCCUUCAGCCAGGUCCGACCCACCGGGCGUCCGUCCGCCUGAGGACCAUGUAUGUUAGUGCGGGGCACAGGGGCGCCCAGCGGCCUUUUCCACAUGAACAGCGCUGGGCUGGCUCCAAGCUGCCUGGUUCUGGCGUCGUUGGCCGAGUGGGACGUGGGCUGGAGGCAGCGGCACGGGGGUCACAGGGAGGCUGACUCAAUUCCUUUCAGUCCCCGUGAUUACAGGCUGUUUGUUGGUGACAGUGCGCCUUGCUCCCUGCGGGCCGGCUGGCCUCCUAGUUCCUGGGCACCUGCGCUACCCACGGCCGGCACGUCCCUGGCAGCCGCCUCCCUUGGCCACCCUGCUUUUUGGCUCCAUUUCGGUUUGCAGGUUCUGAUGGGUCAGGUCCCUUUCUACACGCACACGCCGUGGGCCGAGAAACCUGGAGAGGAGAGGGCUCUGGCCCUGCGGCCACGGCUCCAUGCGAGGCAGCAGCAUCGCCAGGUGCCGUCCCCUUCACUCCAUGUGGCUGGCUUCUCCCACGAGUAGCACAGCCCCUGGGACCCAGGGCCCCUGGUGACAGGUCCCUUGGAGCAGCUCCCAGGAGAAUGGACCGGGACUCCCGUUGCUGGGGCCCAUCUGCCAGGACCCUUUCCUGAGCCUGACCGCUCCCCGCCCGGCCCGGCCCCCUUGGGUUGUGGUGCCUUCGCAGGUGGUGGAGGGUUAGGGGUGAGAGGACAGACUGAGGCCCUUGUGACGGCUCCAUGCUCACGGCCCAUGCGCGUCGGCACCUCCUUCAGGCCUGCUACCUGCGUCUUCCCCUUCUCGGAGCAAGCUCUGCGCCAGGCGGCCCUGUGUGUUCCUGGGGGGCCAGCCCAUUCCCCAUGGUUCCUGCCCGAGUCCUGCAGGCACACACGGAGGCCCCCCACAAGCAUCUGAACCAGAGGCGGAGGGCGUGGGGAGCAGGCCUCCUGACCCUGCGGCCUUCACAAGGGGGUGCAGGCAGUUCCGGAGUUAAAAAGCCCCCGGGAUGUCAUGUGACUGGGACUCAGUGCUCAUGGGGAAGUGCGAACGCUAAGGACCUGCACGUCAGGCAGGACCCGUCUCGCCGUGUAGCGUGUUCUUGGGCCGCACGGUGCGGGCUGCCGUGGGACACGCUCAUAUGCACACUUGGCAGCAGGUCACGUGCAGACCACCCUGUCCCAAGGGAGCCCCACCCCAGGGAGAAUGUGGUCCCCAGCAUGGGGCUGACCUCGAGGGGGUGGGGUGCAGGUCUGAGGAUGCGGGGGUGCCGAGGCCCAGGGGGCAGGCAGGCGCUCCUUAGGGACUGUCGGCUCCUGGUCGGUCUGUGCUGGGUGGGCAACCCUGGCCGGGGGAGCGGAGGGGGGCAGGUCACCUCAGGGUCAAGAGCUGGGUCGCGGGAC